AUGUCAGCAUUGCCGCUCAAUGCGAAAGUCGCGGUCGUCUCACGUAAAGUGCGACUGCGGCGAGAAGACGCACAAAUGCCAACACCUCCAGCCCACCGUCCCGGGCCACUCGGUUGCUGUUGUAACCAUGGAGGACGCUGCACCUGCUCCCACAAGAAGGAAACUCCUCUGGAUACUGUCCCUGAGUCCGACUCGGACCAAGAGCCUCAACAGACCAAGGCCAAAGCGACUGCCCGCCGCCGCCGAGCCAACACGACGCACUCCGAGCCGGUAUUGAGCUUCGACGAGCUUGGUCAUCACAAGCCUCACAAGCACAACAGGGCCUCGCAGAAAUGCGGCCCCUACACGUUGUCGCGCGGCCACUCGAUGCACAGCAACUCUAGCGCGAGCAGUAUGGGAACCCGCUCGGUUGAUAAUCUGGUACACAAGGCGCCGAGCCGGUCGCGAAGCAAGGAUCUUGUUGCCCACGACCUGGAAACGCGAAAGGCCAAGUCGGAACAAACCUCGCCCUUGAUGAAUGGCAACUCGGCUUUUCAGCAGCUGAAUGGGCAAUUGCCGCCGCUGGACCUAUCCAACAUACAGUAUCCAGAAUAUACACCUGCCUUUGAGCUCUUUCACGGCCUGGAAGAACCUCCCAUGUUCAGCGCUGGCCUCAGCGCGCCCUCGGUCGACUGGGCGCAGUAUGACGGGCUUGACAUGAAGGCUGAGAGCUUUGCCCCGUCUAGUUACGACCAGACACAGUCUUAUGCUGCUUUUGAAUUUGGCAGCACCGAGCCUACUCUUACCUCCAACUCGGGAGACGUUUCAGAAACGGAAGACUUUGCACCGGCCUUCAGCGAAGCGCAAAUAGAGGGCUUUCGUAUGAGCGCUGCUUCCGACUAUAUGAAUAUGCAGCAGAGCCAGUCAACGCUUGCCGAUAGCGACUACGGCCAGGCUGACUUUGGAUCUUUCAAGGCUGCUGCUGCUGCCAAUAAGUUCCUACCAAACCUUGGAUCUCUCGAUGACAACAACGGAUUUCCCCUGAUUGAGGAAGAAUCUUACUGGUCGAUGAACAACUUUGCUGACGGCAUCACCAAUUCUCCUGAUCCAGUCGCGGCCACAUUCUGGGACACGCAAUGA